CCAUCCCGGAAUGCUGACCGUGUCAUCUGUGAAUGGAAACAAAUGCUGAUUUUUUUUUUUUUUUAUUUCUUUUUUUUCUACAGGCGCCACUGAAAUUUUGUGUCUGGCAGUCUGGAUGUGUUUAGUCUUCAAGUGACUUUCAAACAGUCAAGACAAUUAAUUGAUCUUUUUUAUAAAUAAUUAUUCUGUUUAUUUUUUAAUAAAAAAAUUUAUAAUACAAUGUUGUUGUUGUUAAUUUUGGGAUGUUUAAUAACAUCAACAAUUGGAGUACCAGUUGAUAAUGUUGCUGAUAAUACAAGUCAAAUUUCACCUGUCAUAUCAUCAACACCACCUUGUGUUAAAUUAGUUGAUGAUCGUAAUUUACCACAACUCAAUUUUCCAGUAUGUACAAGUAAACAUAGUAGUGACACUUUGACUAAUGUUAUAUUACAUGGUAUGGCUUGUACAUGUGAUCUUAAUAAUAAUAUUCAAACAAAAAGAGAUGAUUAUCAUUAUGUUACUGGUGUUGGAGCAUAUAAAAUUCAUACAAGAGGUACAACAUUUAAUAAUGCAAGAAGAAUAUGUGAUGAUGAAGGUGGUCAUCUAGCUAUUAUUAAUUCAGCACGUGAAGAACAGGUAUUACUGGAAAUUUUUUCACAAAUUAAUGUUGAAAAUUUUAAAAAUGUAUCAAAUCGUGAAGAAGCAUUUAUUGGUAUUCAUGAUUUAUUUGAAGAGGAUCAUUGGGUAACAAUAUUAGGUGAUACACUUCAUAAAAAUGGAUAUUCUAAAUGGAGUGAAAGAUGGGGUGGUCAACCAGAUAAUGGUGGUGGUGUUCAACAUUGUGGUGCUUUGAUGAAAGAAGGUGGAAUGGAUGAUGUUAAUUGUAAAGCUAAUUUUGCAUUUAUUUGUGAAAUACCAGAAAUUAAAAUUCCACGUUAUUAAUUUAAUUAAUAUACAUGUUAUUUUUACCAAAAAAAAAAAAAAAUAUAUAUAUAAAAAUUGUAACUUUAAUUUUAUAAAUAUAAUUUUUAGAAAUUUGCAUUAAUUUUUGUAUGAAAUUUUUUUAU